ACGUUCAACACAUAGAUAAAAGAAGAGUAUAUAGAUCGCUCUGGUUCAACAUUUGAGUGCAACGUUUGAGUUCGUAUCUAUGUAAGUUGACAAGUGGUGCUAUGGUUCAUCAAUUCCCAACAUGUGAUUUUUGUUAGGUUAUGUAUAGGAUUGUAAUAUUUUGGUGAUAUUUGCUGAAGUUGAAAGUUUCUGAAAUAUUUAAUUAUAAUAAUCUUCUAAGCCUCUAUCAUAAUGGGUAAAUUUAGAUCUAAGCUUAAAGGACAAACGAAAGGGAAAAAAUGGGCUAAAGGACAAUCAUCUAGUUCCAACCCUACAACUCAAAAAUUCAGAAACUUGGCGAAAUCGAAUUUUUUCCAAGAAAAUUUAGGGUCAAGUUCUGGGUUAACAAUAAAUGCUUUACACAAGCAUGAUGCUAUGCAUAGUUAUGCUAUUCAACCAGCUGGUGUGGGAGAUUUGGCAGAAAGUCUUCAUAGUGUUAAAAUUGAUGAUGAAAAUGCAUCUCAGAUUACCGCAGAAACUGCGACACAAUCAUGUGGCACUUUCAGAACUUUUCAAACAUUUGCUUCUGACUGGAGUGAAUGCACAAAUGUUUCUUUUUCAAAGCUUUUAAAUGGGUUCAGAUCUGACUCUGCGUUGCAUAAAGAAAUGUUAGCAAUACUUGCUGCUAUAACAGAAUUACUCAAAGACAAAGAUGGAAAACAAACAUCUACUGAAUAUUACUUGGCAUUGAUGGAAAUUCUCAAUCAAGAUCAGGAAGAGAAUGGUUCUCAUGCUGUGCUUUCUUUACUUUCAAUGGGAAUUAAGACUGUUCCUGAGUCAGUUAUUAAACUUAAAUUCUCAGAAUUUUCAAAGAUAUUUAUGGACCAGUUGGAAAAGUUUUGUAACACAGAUAAUCAAAAUCUUCUCAGAUGUCUAUUGGGAUGCAUUUCGGUUCAACUAAGAGCAUUAGAUCUGGCACAAUGGUCAAAUUCAUCAACUUUGCAAAUGUUUGAUGCAGUCAUGGCAUUUUCUAUACAUUCUAAACCUAAGCUUCGUAAGGCUGCUCAACAUGCAGUUUGUGCUAUAAUUCGAGGAAGUAGUUUUAUGUUAAAAGAAGAUGGUCCUAAACUACAUCCUGCUGCUGGAAAGGUUUCAAAGUUUUGUAAGAUGCAGAUGAAACCAGAACUUGAAGUUUCUUCUCAAACAACCACACUUCAUAUUUUAACAUUAUUAAAAGAUGUUUUGUACAUGUUUCCUAGGGAUGAUAUAAAGUCUACAUGCGAACGAAUACUAUCUAUGAUGACCGGCAACAAUAUUUUAGUACGUACCUGUUGCUUGCAGACCUUACACUCUUUAUUCCUCAUGUCAUCUGAUAAUAAUAAAAUUAAAAAUAUGACUGAUGAUGACAUUUUGGAAUUGAAUAAAAAAAAAUCAUUCAGCACAAAUUUAACAUACACAUUGGCAGCACAAUUAAUAAAAGCUUUGUAUGACUAUAGACCUGACAAAAAUGAUGUUAGACAAACGAUGGCCUGGGUUACUGUAAUGCAGCAAGGGCAUAUUUGUCUAUCUUGUUUAGAUUUGGAUUCAAGCAUUAAUAUUAUACCUCAAUUUAUUACAACAUGCACAACUGAUUUGUGGCUAUCAGACCAAGUUGAUAUUGCAAAUGCUGGUACAAUUGCUUUACGAGAAGUUCUUUAUGAAUCAAUAGCUCCAAUAUGCAAUUCACUUCUUGGUGUCCAAAAGCAUAAAGCUAUUUUGGAGAAAAUUUUUCAAACUAUAUCAAAAGCAUUGACUGUACCUUUUGGACAUGCAGCUGAUAACGUUGUGAAUAUUUUGGCGGCAUGCUUUGAUGUGUCCGGUAGAAAUUGUGCAGAACUGCUUGCUGAUCCAUUGAAAAUAUUGGGUGAACGUAGAGACCCCUCAUCACAAACGAUAUCAAAAUCUCAACUUGGGCAAAUUGAUCAUGCAAUUGCCACUGCUGUUAAGACUAUGGGACCAGAAUUUGUAUUAAAAUGCAUUCCCAUUACUGGUGCAUCUGGUGAAAUUGAUAUAAAUAGAACUUGGGUUUUGCCAAUUCUGAGGGACAAGAUACGUGGUUCAACAUUGGAAUUUUUUGGCAGUCAUAUUUUACGUUUGGCAUCUGCUUGUAAACGUGCAUCUGAACAAUUUUUACAAGAAGGAAAGAAAAAUGAUUCUGUUACUUAUGAUUUACUGUGUUCACAAUUAUGGGGUUUAUUUCCUGGAUUUUGUAAUUCUCCUACUGAUAUUAAAGAAAGUUUCAAAAAAAUUGCAAAAGUAUUAGGAGAUACAUUAGCACAACAUUCUGAGCUCAGAACCCCUGUAAUGCAGGGUUUGAGAAAGCUCAUAAAUAGUGCAGAAGGAGAUGAAAUAAAUGAAUUAGCACGAUUUUCUAAAAAUUAUUUACCCUUACUGUUGAAUAUAUAUACUACACCAGCUGCAGGAGGAUAUGGACAAGGACAACGAUUAUCUGCUUUGGAAACAAUACAGAUUUACUUAACCAUUACUCCAGCAGAUAAGUCUGAAGAGAUUUUCAAAAACUUAAUGACUAAAAUUAAUGAGGUUGAAAAUGAAUCAGACUUUGCUUUAAAAGAAGCAUUAUUUGAUAUUGCUCGAGCUAUGUCAAUUUAUCAAUCAGAAGAAAUAAUAAAAGAAUUAUUCUCUAAAUUAUUACCAUUGUGUGAGUCUUCUGCUGAUAAAGGAAAAAAAGUCAAAAAUAAUCUACAAAAGAAAGGUUUCAAAAUUAUUGAAGAUAUUUUGAAGAGUGAUAAACAAGGGUGCAAAGAAUUUGUCAAAAAUAAUAGAAAACAGAUACAGUCUGUGGUUAUGAAAUCACUUAAUACUUCUGCAGAUAACUCCCGAGCAUCCCGGUUAAGAUCUUUAGAAUUAUUAGUGAAGUCUCAGCCUCUAUUAGAUUGUGAGAGCAAGUUGGUCAAAUCAUGUAUAGCGGAAGCAGUACUUAGCACAAAAGAUAUAAAUGCUAAAUGUAGAAAAUGUGCACAGUCUCUUCUGGUCACUGUAGGAGAAACUAUAGAAUCCAAAAAGAAUAAAAGUGGAUUGUCUGAUUAUAUCAAUAUUAUGAUCGCUGGUUUAGCUGGAACACAACAAAUGAUUGCAGCCACAUUACAAGCACUGGCUUGUGUAACAUUUCACUUUUCAGGUUCUUUGGGAAAAGAGACUUUAGACUUCUUAUUAACACAAGUUUGUACAUUGCUAGCAUCACCUACAAGAGAAAUCACUAUUGCUGCUGUGAAUUUUAUAAUUGUUUUUACUAAAGCAUUGCCUUCUCCUCAAGUGGCUUUAUAUUUGGAACAAAUUAUGAAAGCUAUAAGUUCCAUGACAGAUGAUUGCAAAAGACAUGCUCGUUUAGAAAUUGGAAAAUUAUUAACCAGGAUGUGUAGGAAGUACUCUGCUGAAACUUUAACAAAACUUACGCCUGGCGAUGAUGUUGUUACACACAAAAGACUUAGAAAUUUACGCAAGCUUCAAUCUCGUGCAAAACGUUUGAAAGACAUGAAGAAAAAUCAAUCUGUUGAAGAAGAUGAUGAACUAAUGGAUGUCAGACCUUCUGCCAAGAGCAUUGAAGAAAUUUUAGCAGAUUCUGAUUCAGAUGAUCUAUGUGAUAAUGAUCAGCCAAAAACUACAGUUCGAAAACCAAAAAAAAAUAAAGGAAAAACUCUUAUACGUGAAACAGAGGACAGUAUAAUUGAUUUAGUGGAUGCCAGCGCUUCAAGCAAAAUAUUAUCAUCUAAACCUGAGGUAUCAAAAUUACAUAAUAAAUCAAAGAAUGAGCCAAACCGCGGAUUUAAAACUGCUGAUGAUGGAAGAUUGCUUAUUGAUGAUCUUGAAGGUAGUGAUAGUGCGGAUGACGAAAAUCCUAAAAGCAAAAGUAGAGUUGCUUUAAAUAUGGACUCUGAUAGUGAUAGCGAUGAUACAUAUGAAAAACCUACUUUGGGAAAACGUAAAAGAUCAGAUGUCCAAAGCCUAAAAUCUAAUUUUAGUGGCACAUCCAGAGAGCCAAAAGCUAAGUAUAAGGCUGGAGGUCACGGUAUUCACAGGUCACUUUCUGGUGCAUCAGUGAAGUCUGGGGCUUCAGGAUUCUCAUAUAAUUCUGCUGCUAACUCAUCAAAAUCCAAUGCUAAGUUUGGAUCUGAAUAUAGAUCUGCAAAAGCUGCUGGUGAUGUCAAAAAGAAGGGUCGACCGGACCCUUAUGCUUAUUUACCUUUGAUGAGGAGCACCUUGAAUAAAAGAAAACGAGCCAAAAAUGCUGGACAAUUUAGGGGCAUUGUUAAAUCUGCCAGAAAAGGAGCAGCAAUUGGUUCAAAAUUGAGAAAAUCAAAGAAAUUGUAAGUUGUUUUCUUUGUAAAAUUUGUAUAAACAUAGGAAUAAGAACAAUGUAUGUGA